AUGUCACUUCUGUCCACAUACCAAGACUUCAAGUCCAGCGAGUGCUCAUUCCUGGCUGCGUUUGGCGGAGACCAGCCAGUUCCUCUCGGCGAACUCGCCACGGAACUGGACGCACACUCGCUGUCUCUUGAGCGGGCAUGCAGGGUCCCGACGCCAUCAGUCGGCGUAGCGCAGGAAUACGCACAAGCUGCUGUCAACAUUCAAGUUUUAGCAUCUGCGAUGACCCGAGUCCAUGCUAGCAUUGAGAACCUGAUGGAAGACUUCGUCCAAAAGUUGGACCUAUCGCCUGCCACCACACAUCAACGUGCGAUCGGUUCAGCGGCUGCGUCACAAAGACUUUCAAUGGAUGCGCCAGAGACUUUCGCCUCACCGCCUCCCUGCUCGAAUCUUAGAAAAGACCCGCAAGACCUGUUGAGAUGUUGGAGUAGUCAACAUCUAUCAUAUCUGUUUCCGACCAAAGAAGAACUUAUGGAACUCUCUGGUCAAACGAAGCUCAGCGCAAAGCAGGUCGAUCUUUGGUUCCGAAACGCUCGAACUCGUUCCGGUUGGUCAAAACUAUUCACCAAUAAACUAUACGCCAAUAAAGACCGCCAAAAACUUGAAUCUUACUUCAGCGAGUAUGAGGCCACACAACGACUACACUGCAGUAAGGCCGGAUCCUUUGUUAGCUCCGAUGAUGCCUACAAAUUGGUGGAGAAAGUCCUGAAAUGGUUUCGGGUGAAGGAAUCUAAGGAUAACUCUACUAUCAGCGCUUGCCUGACGCCCUCUGUCUCCGAACAAACCAACAACGGAUCCGUCAGCCCAUGGGUCAAAGAUGUCCUCUUCAGUACUUUGGCCGCACUCCGAACCUCUUCUCCACCUUCGCCGACCAAGAAAUGUCACCCAACUUUACGCUGGCCCAACAUCUUCAGUCGUGCGCACUCAGAAGACAUCGAUCCUAGUUUGCGUUCAUCCUCCCCCGCUUCUUCUUCCGAGGCUACACCUUCUUGCUCAUCUACAUCUGGCUCCUCCACUUGGUCUUCCGUCUCAACAUCCUCAUCUCGGUCUUCUUCUCCCUGCACCGACCCCUCUGUUUCAUCACCUCAACGAUCAAAGAGUCCUCAAUCUACUUCGCCACCUCCCUCGACCUCACCAAGCCUAUUCAUAUCUCCUCUUUUUUCUUCUCCAACAUUAUCACCGGAUCCACUUUCACAAAUUAAAACGUCACCACCACCCGAAUUAUCAAUCUGCCUUUCUCCACAACCCGAUCCAUCAACAUCACUUCUUUCUUUCCUUUGUUCGGAUAGCUUUUCACCUCCAUCUCCAACUCAUGAACCAUGCUCCAUAGCAUCUGGACAAUUUGAUGAUGCAGAAGAAGAUUAA